GCACCGGGUUGCGUAAUUGGUCGAUAAAGAGGAGAAUUUUCAAUAAUAAUGGCUUUCACGUGACUAACUAUCUCUCUGAUGAUUGCCUAUUUUGACUAUUGUUUACUUUUCUCCGUCUACUUUUCUCCUCGACUUCUUGAGGUGUUUCCUCAAGUUCUUGUUCUGUCUUUCAAUGGUUGAUGUGUUGAUGAUCGACGAAGGAAAUCCUCGAAUUUGUUGAUGUUGACAGAGGCAGUUUCUGAAUCGUCGUUUUAUUCCAGUUAUAUUUCAUUUACAGUAAAAUGUCCGCGUAAUUAAUACAGUUUAGCGUAAAUAAAGGCUUCCCAAUUAUAGACUUAUGAACAAUGUCGAAGAAUGAUGAAGUUGUUACUAGCAUAUUGGAAUAUUUUUCCACUCUGAAGAUAUUUAUUAAAGAAAUUGACAAACUAGAGACGCGUUUGACAAAAUCCAAAGGGAAUAAGAAGAGACAGAAUGAGGAUUUGGUUAUUGAGGAUAUUGUAAAUGUUGUCGAUAAGAUCCAUGAACACAAUACCAAAAUUAAAGAAAAGCUGGAUGUUCAUCCUGUUGUCAAGAAUAAGAAGAAAAAGAAAAUUAAGGAUUCUACUAAAAAUACAGUGGAUGAUAUAUGUGAAAAAGAGACCACCGAGGAUCAGAUAGAUGAACAUGAGCAAACCGAUGAAAAAGAAAUUGAUAAUGCAACUAAUGAUGAUAAUAGUUCAGAAAAAUCAGACCCACUUGAAACUACUGAAAAUGGAAAUAAAACCAAAAGCAAUGAGGCACCAACUGUAGGAGAGAAGACUGUGUCUGAUGAUGAAAAAAGGAAAGAUCUAGCUGGACAGGAAAAGUUACAUAAUGGGACAAGAAAGAGUGAGGGACAUAGUAAUGAAAGUAAAAAAAAAUCUGACAAUGAGACCUCUACCAAAAAUGAUGAACAGAGCAAAAAUAUGGAUGUUGAUGAGAAUAAUGACAGUGGUAGUGAUAGUGAUCCUCUUAGAAAAUCAAAGGCUCCUGUCCCUGGUGACAGUGACAAGAAUGAAGAUCCAAAAGCAGAAGAAUCCACUAGUUCUCCAAAGAAAGAACCUGAAGAUAUCAAACCACAAAUACGUUUGGUUGAUUUAAACAAAUUAUUGGACCCUAAACCAAAAAAAUCUGUGAAAUUUGACAGUUCUUUGAUAAUAAUCAGUUCUGAUGAAGAACACUCACCAAAACGACAGAGUAAAGAUAGCAAUGGAAAGUUGAAAUCUGCUCUAAAAAAUUCACCCACAAAUAUAAACUUGAAAGCAGAAUGCAACAUCAGUGAAAAAAUUGAAGAAGGGCUUAAAAACAAAAAAAAGGGGGGUCUCAAGGAUGAUCUAAAAGUAGUAAUUUCUAGCAGUGAUAGUGAUGAUAAAGCUGCAUGUGAUGAUAGUGAAAAUGGAAACAGAAUAAGAUCUUCCAGAAGAAUACAAAAAAAUAAAUCUAAGGUAGAAAAAAGGCAAGAAAAGCUGAAAACAAUUUUCAAGCGUAAAGGUACCAAAGACGGCAAUACUUCCUUUGAAAUUGUUGACAGUUCAAAGAAAAUCAAGCUGAAAGAAUUAAUGCUGAAAUUGUCUUCAGAAAGUUCAAACUCUGAAGCUGAUUCAGAAGAAGAUACCGAAGAGAAGACAUCAAGAAGAAAUAGAAGAAAAGGAAAGCAAUCUUCAAAUACAAAAGCAGAAAAUAAAAAUCGCAGAAAAUUGUAUGUUCCAUUGCCUAAAAUUGAAUGUGAAAAACUGAAAGAGAUUUAUUUGAGAAACAAAGAAAUAUUAGAAAUCAAAAGACUAACAUCUCUGAGUAUGCUCAAGAAGAAAAGACGACCAUCAUUGACCGAAUCAGAAAAUUCAGAUAGCAAUGGGGAUUCUGGGAAACCAACAACAAAAAAAUCAAAAAUCGCCUCAAACGCAGGAAAGAAAAAAAAGGAAUGUUUAGAUGAAAAACAUAGCUCAGAUGAUGAUGAUGAUACUCUUGCUGAGACUUUUACCAAGUCAUUGGAAAAACCACAAGAAUCUGAAAUAGAUGUUGAAAAGGCUGGCGAUGAGGUUUUAGCAGAAAUUGCAAUGGAAACGUUGGAAAAGACUGAGGAAGGUGAACAAGACGAAUCUAAGAACAGCAGCGAUUCAGAUGCUCCUUUGACAAAUAAAGAUAAAAAAGGAAAAAAGGCCAAUGAGAAAACAAGUAAACAGAAGGACGAUAAAGAAAAGGAUGUAGAAAAAGAAGAUACCAAAGAAAAGAAAAAAGGAAAAAACGAGGAAGAUCCAGAAGCUGACAGUGGCGAUGAAACAGGUGAUAAAUUGGACAAAGUUGCAGAUAAAGAAGAAGAACAUGAUGUAGAUAGUAAAGCAAAUGAUAAGGAUAAGAAGAAGAAAGAUGAUACAAAAGCAUCAGAUGAUGAGCAAGAAGCCACCACAGAGCAGAUUAUUGAUGAAAGCUUGUUAGAUGAACAUAAUGACCAGUCAAGUUUGAAUAAGGGGGAAGAAAGCUUAGAAAAAAAUGAAGAUGAAACUUCCAAAGAUGACAACGGAAAAAAUGAUGCAAGUAGUGAAGAAAAUGAAAAAGAAAGUGCUAAUAACAAGAGUAAGGAGGAUGAAGAAAGUGAUGAUGAUGACAGUGGUACAAAGAAGAAAACAAAAAGUGGUGAAAAGAAAAAGAAGGUGGCUGAGAGUGAAGAUGAAAGUGAUAAUGAUACUGAGAACAAAGGAAAGGAAAAUGAUGAGGAGAACGAAAGUGAUGAUGAGAAGGAAAAUAAGAAAAAGAAAAGUGAUUCGGAUGAAGAAGAUAGUGACGAGGCAAAGAAGAAAGAGAAGAAAAAAUGGAGAAACGAUAAAUUAUUGAGAGAAAAAAUUGACAGUACGGAUUCAGAAGAAGAAACAAAAAAGUUUACCAAUAAGAAAAAAAAGAAAGAAAAGAACAACUCCGACAGUGAUGACGACGAGCCUGUUGUUAAGAAAACAACAAAAGGUAAGUCAAAACGCAAAGUUAAGAAACCUGUCCUAUCAGACUCUGAUGAGUCUGGCAAAGAAAAAAAAGAUAAAGAUAGUACUGAUGAUGAGAGUGAAGAAAAAUCUGAUUCCAGUAACGAUGAGGAUGAUAAAAAGAAAGAAGAAGAGGAAGAGUCCAAAAAAAAACCAAACAAAAGACGGAUCAAGCAAGUUAAAGAUAGCAGUAGUGAUGAAGACGAAGAUAAAUCAACGAGAAAACAUAUAAGAAAGGUAAUCGAUCGUUCGUCCCUGCAAGAAAGUACGAUAAAAGCUGAAGCGGAAGAAAAGAAAAGGAAAGCUCGUAUCGCCGAGAAACAAAAGAAAUACAACGCUAUCCUCGAAGACGUUCAAAACUCGAAAAUAGAACAACUGCUACUUGAGUAUGAUGAAAAAAAUAAGAAAGAUCUGCUACCAGUUCAUAAACAUUUCAUAUCGAAACUAAAACCUCAUCAGGCGAAUGGUGUGAGGUUUAUGUGGGAUGCCUGCUUCGAAUCUCUUGACAGGUGCGACAAGGAAGGAUCUGGGUGUAUAUUGGCUCAUUGUAUGGGCUUAGGAAAAACACUACAGGUAAUAACAUUAUCCCACACACUGUUGACACACAGUAAGAAAACAGGUGUGAGCAGAGUGAUGGUAGUAUGUCCGAUCAACACAGUACUGAACUGGAAGGCAGAAUUUAAACAGUGGGUGCCAAAAAACACUCCUUUUGAGGUGUAUGAGCUGACCAGCUGCAGGUUGAACUCUGAGCGACAGUACUAUAUCAAAGAAUGGUUCGACGAAGGUGGAGUACUAAUAAUAGGUUACACUAUGUUCAGAAUGUUGAGUAAUCCUGAUAAUAAGAAGAUUAGUAAAAAGAUCAGAGCCGUUUUUCAAGAAGGAUUAGUCAAUCCAGGACCUGAUUUGGUAGUGUGUGAUGAAGGUCAUCUACUGAAAAACGAAAAAACCAAUCUCAGUAUUGCCAUGAACAGAAUUAGAACAAAAAGAAGAAUCGUAUUGACAGGCACACCAUUACAAAAUAAUCUUAAGGAAUAUUGGUGCAUGGUACAAUUUAUCAAGCCCAACCUUUUAGGAACAUACAAGGAGUAUCUCAAUAGGUUUGUGAAUCCUAUAACAAACGGUCAAUAUACAGACUCUACACAGCAUGAUAUAGUCAUAAUGAGAAAACGUUCUCAUGUAUUGCACAAAUUGCUAGAUGGCGUUGUGCAACGACGAGAUUAUUCGGUGUUAGAGCCUUAUCUGCCACCUAAACAUGAGUUUGUUUUGUUUGUUAAAUUGAGCGAAGUACAAGUUAAGAUUUACAAGCAUUAUAUGGAAAGGUACGCCCGACGAGGCGACGGCGUCAGCAACAAAACUUCAUUCCUAUUCACCGACUUCCAAAACUUGCAGCGCAUCUGCACGCACCCGCGCGCCUUAGGCGACAGGAACUACGACAAGUCGAACAAGGACUAUGACGACGAAGAGUCUGAGGGCUCAUUGAAAGACUUCAUUGAUGAUGAUGGCGCAACACCGUCAUCUUCGUCCGAUUCCUCUUCGGAAUCUGGUUCGGACUCGAGAGGAUCCAAGUCGGGUAGCGAUAAAGACGGCAAGUCUAAGAAAAAGUACCAGCAAAGAAGUAGAGUUACCAGGGCGCUCGCUGCUCAAAGGAGAGAAAAUAACGAGGAUAGUGACCCUGAACUAGAAGAGAUUAAAGAAGUUAAAAAAGAAUGGUGGCAAGAAUUCUGUGACGACGAAGGAUUAGAAAACAUUAAUAACAGUGGUAAAUUGUUCCUACUUUUCCAAAUUCUCAAAGAAUGCGAGGAAAUAGGAGAUAAAGUUUUGGUGUUUUCUCAAUCUUUGUUCACAUUAAAUUGUAUAGAAUACUUUUUGGAAAAGGUAGACGAAGCAACACAGAAUGGAGAAACUGAAAAAAUUGGUGGACUUAGCGGGUCCUGGGCUUUAGGUUUGGACUACUUCCGCUUAGAUGGUUCGUCCAGUUGUGAUAAUAGGGCCACAUGGUGCAAUUCCUUCAACGAUCCUGAGAAUACGAGAGCUCGGCUGUUCUUGAUCUCCACAAAAGCUGGCGGAUUGGGUAUAAAUCUUGUAGCAGCGAACAGAGUGAUCAUUUUUGAUGUCUCCUGGAAUCCUUCUCAUGAUAUCCAGAGUAUAUACAGGGUAUACCGAUUCGGCCAAACAAAACCAUGUUAUAUCUAUAGAUUUGUGACAUUUGGAGCCAUGGAAAUGAAAAUCUAUGAGCGACAAGUUACCAAGCAAGCUAUUUCUAAAAGGGUUAUUGACGAACAACAAAUUGACAGGCAUUACAAUCAGAACGACCUCCAAGAAUUAUACAAGUGCGAAGUGGAGCCUGAAGAAGAUCGUCCCAUCCCAUUGGUACCAAAGGAUGUUCUUCUGGGAGAACUCCUCCAGAAACUCGAUAAGACCAUAUACAAAUAUCACAUGCACCAAUCGUUGUUGGAAAACAAGACCGACGAGGGCUUGAACGAGGAGGAACGAAAAGCUGCAUGGGAGGAGUUUGAAAGCGAGAAGGUCCUGAGGAAGACAACUUCGACCUGGAACGCAAUGGGAGCCAGCAUGGGUCUGCCUCAACUUCCAAUGAACGCCCAAACCAUAGCAGCUGCCUUAACUAACAUAGUUAGAAAGGACAAUCCUGGUUGGAACGAGGUCCAAAUAAAGGGAAUCAUCCCGGCACUUGUGCGACAGCUCCAGGUUCAAAUGUCCGAAAAUGACAUGUCGAUGUACACAAGGGUCUUACAGGAGAUCGAAGUUAUGCAGGCUGCCAUGCGUAAUCAAAUGACAGAAGCCAUGUAUCAGCAACACGUGAUGCGGGCCAUGCAAGAGCAGCAGAGGAGAAAUAUGAUGAUGGGUAUUCCUCAACGUGCUGCAUUCCCAGGUAACAUCAUCAAUACGAGUCAUCUACAAAACUACUUGCAGAGACCAGCCGCGCCAGCUAGUACAAGUAACAACGUCGUUAUCGAAUUGAACGAUUGAUCUUAAGUUUCGCUUGGAGUAAGUUGAUUUGAUAUAUACACACACAUAUUUUUAAAGAGUUAAAAACCGGAUUCACAUUUUCUACUUGUUUGUUCUAUCUAUGAUUUUGUAUUUAUAUGAUAAUAUUUAGUAGUCGUUGUUUUGUAAAUGUCUAAAAGAGAUUCAAAAUUAUUUGACAUAAUUGUAUUUCACAUUAUUUAUUAAAAAGAAAAAGAAAAC